AUGACUACACGUGAUAGCUACGGCCACUUCCACGCCGACGAAGCUCUCGCCGUCUACUUGCUCCGUCUCUUGCCCACAUACGCCUCCUCCCCGCUCGUGCGCACCCGCGAUCCCGCCCAGCUGGAGGAAUGCCACACCGUCGUCGAUGUCGGCGGUGUCUACGACGCCGCCAUCAACCGUUAUGAUCACCACCAGCGGACAUUCUCCACCUCCUUCCCCAAGCACGAGACCAAGCUCUCCUCCGCCGGCCUGGUGUACAUGCACUUUGGUCGCGCCAUUAUCGCCCAACACAUGUCCCUGCCCGAGGACCACGCCGACGUCGACUUGCUGUACGAGAAGCUGUACACCGACUUCAUCGAAGCCAUCGACGCCAAUGACAACGGUAUCUCCGCCUACGACCCCGCCGCCCUCUCCGCCGCCAACCUGGAGAAGCGCUUCAAGGACGGCGGCCCCCAGGACGAAGACUCCCUCUUCGGCCGCGCGAGUACCCUGAUCGGAAACGUUUUCGCCCGCAAGCUGCACCAGGCCUGUAACUCGUGGAUGCCCGCUCGCACCACCGUCGGCAACGCCUACAAGUCCCGCGCCGACGCCCACUCUUCCGGCCGUAUUUUGAUCCUGCCCCAGGGCGGCGUUCCCUGGAAGGAACACUUGUACAACUUCGAGCAGGAGGCUGCUGCCGCCGGUGCCGAGCAAGUUUACUACGUCUUGUACCCUGAGUCCGCGGCUGAAGAUUCCAAGUGGCGUGUGCAGUGUGUUUCUGAGUCUGAGGGUAGCUUUGUCUCCCGUAAGCCUCUCCCCGAGGCGUGGCGCGGCGUGCGUGACCAGGACCUAGAUGGUGUUAUGGCUACCGAGGCUGAGAAGUCUGGUCAGGAGAAGCUGCCUGCUGGUGCGAUCUUCGUCCACGCUAGUGGUUUCAUUGGUGGUCAUAAGACCAAGGAGGGCGCUAUGGCUAUGGCUAUCCGUAGCUUGGACCUGUAG